GGUGCCACCAUAAUACUCAUCAUAUGACGUCACAAACCAGGAAGUAGCGCACAGGCGGCAAACCGAGUGGCGCGGUGGGCUUCCCACGAUGAAAGGAAAAUGUACACCACGGACACAUUUGUCUGUAUUUUGUCGGGCGAAACGGUAGGGCAAGUUUGAAGUAAAGAGAUGAAAGUAUUAGUUAGCUCUAUACUAAUGUUAAAGGGUGAAUCCAAACAAGCUACGGAGCAUUCUUGGGCGCCGGUGAUGCAUGAUGAGCCAAAAAAGAAGAAGAAGAGCAGCAGCAUCUUCCAGCCAUGCCGUCAAUGAAGUCAAGCCCCCUGUCAAGAAGCACAACAUCUGCAUGGUGUCUGACUUCUUCUAUCCCAACAUGGGAGGAGUGGAGAGUCACAUUUACCUCCUUGCCCAGUGUCUUAUUGAGAGGGGACACAAGGUGGUCGUUGUCACGCACGCCUACGGCUGCAGGAAGGGCAUCAGGUACCUGACCAAUGGCCUGAAGGUCUAUUACCUACCCCUGCAGGUGAUGUACAACCAGUCCACCACCACGACUUUCUUCCACAGUCUCCCCCUUCUGCGCUGUGUGUUUGUCAGGGAGCGCAUCACUGUGGUGCACGCUCACAGCUCGUUUUCCGCUAUGGGCCACGAUGCUUUGUUCCAUGCAAAGACCAUGGGUCUUAACACGGUUUUCACUGACCAUUCGCUUUUCGGCUUUGCUGACAUCAGCUCCGUGCUAACCAACAAGCUUCUGACGGUGUCGCUGUGCGAUACCAACCACAUCGUAUGUGUGUCCUACACCAGCAAGGAGAACACUGUGCUGCGUGCGGCGCUCGACCCGAAGAUCGUGUCCGUCAUUCCCAACGCAGUCAACCACACCGACUUCAUCCCCGACUCUUCUCGCCGCCAUGACAACAGGAUCACCAUCGUCGUGAUCAGCCGUCUAGUCUAUCGCAAAGGCAUUGAUCUUCUUGGUGGUAUCAUCCCUGAGCUCUGUCUCAAACAUCCAGAUCUCAAUUUCCUCAUUGGUGGGGAAGGACCAAAGAGAAUCGUGCUGGAGGAAGUGAGAGAGAAAUACCAGCUUCAUGACCGGGUGCGCCUGUUGGGGGCUCUGGAGCACAAAGACGUCAGAGAAGUUAUGGUCCAGGGCCACAUCUUUCUCAACACAUCGCUAACUGAAGCUUUCUGCAUGGCCAUUGUGGAGGGAGCAAGUUGUGGACUGCAGGUGGUCAGCACUCGUGUAGGAGGCAUCCCAGAGGUGCUACCCGAGGACUUGAUCACACUAUGUGAGCCAACUGUGCGCUCGCUGUGUGCCGGUUUGGAGAAGGUCAUUGCACGGCAGCGUUCCGGGUCAGUUGCCUGUGCCGCCUCCAUCCACGCACGGGUGCAGAACCUCUACACCUGGAAAAACGUGGCAGAGAGGACUGAAAAGGUUUAUGAUAGAGUGUGCGAAGAGGAGGUGCUUCCCCUGGACAGACGCCUUCAUAGGCUGAGAUCCCACUGCGGACCUGUGGCUGGCUCCCUCUUUGCCUUUGUGGCGGUUCUAGACUUCUUGUUCCUGUUGCUCCUCCAAUGGCUGGUGCCCGAUCGGGUCAUGGAUUUAUCUGUGGACGCCACCGGUCCUCUGGGACUGUGGAAGCAAGAACCAAGCAAGAAGAGUAAAAGCGAAUCUCGAUGUAAAAGCGACCUCAAGGCCUCCGUGUCAACACACUUACUAUGGAUGCGGUCUCCCCUCUCCAUGAGGCCUGCCUGGGUGGUCAUUACGCUUGUGCAAAGUACUUGCUGGAUCACGGUGCAAAUGUGCACCAGGUGUCAUCUGGCGGCGCCACCCCUCUCUUCAACUCAUGCAGCAGCGGUAGUGCCGCCUGUGUCCGGCUCAUUCUGCAGCGUGGCGCCUCAGUCCACCCCGCGCACCAACUUGCGUCCCCCGUCCACGAGGCGGCAAAGAAAGAUCAUUCAGAGUGUUUGGACCUGCUGCUGGUGUACGGAGCGCACAUUGACAUGGAGCUUCCCACGAUGGGGACGCCUCUGUAUUCCGCCUGAGCAGACGUUCGACUUGGGUGUGGACAAGACAGUCCGUUGCACGCCGCAGUCAGAGGGGGCGGAGCCACAGUCGUGGACGAUCUCUUGGACUUUGGUGCUGAUCGCUGCUGCAUGAACACUGAAGGCAAGACCCCGCUAGAUGUGGCUGCACCAGACAGCAGAGUGAGAGCUACACUUCAAAGCAGAGGUCCUUGCUCGCUCUCUCAGAUGUGUCGCUGCUCUAUUCGGAGAAGUUUGGGGAGGAGUCGCCUCCACAGAGCUUCCAGCCUCAUCCUCCCACAUACUAUCCAGGGCUACCUCCUCUACCAAUGACAUACCUUGGC